GUAAUUGGACAAUAUUAAGAACUAUCAUAUUAAUAGAAAACGGCACUCUCCGUUUGUAUGUGUGUGCGUCUCGUAACUCAGGUGUAUGUAAACACUGGGAGCGUGCAUCGCUACGCUGCUAGUCGUGUAUCUGUAAAGAUUUAUGAGGUGUCAUGGCUAGACCUGGAGCUCAUAGGAAGUUUUAUGACUUUGUCAAUUCAGAAGUCCAAGAUAAGGUGAGAGACGAUAUUGCCAGCACUCCAGAUCUUGUGAAGUAUGUGGCAGAAAAUAUCAUUGGAUCGGCAACUGCUUUCUCAACUCCAUUUGGCACGCGCAAAGUUGUAUAUUGUGAUUAUAUUGCCUCUGGGAGAUCGGUGAAGUUUAUUGAAGACUACAUAAGCAGUGAAGUACUUCCCCAGUAUGGUUCCACACACACAACUUCUUCAGUCACGGCUCUUCAAACAAGUCUCUUCAGACAUGAGGCACGUGAUAUCAUUCGAAAUGCAACCAAGGCAUCGGAGCACGAUCGCGUAUUAUUUGUUGGCAGUGGUGCAACAGGUGCUUUGCAGAAGUUAAUCCAUGGGUUGAAGUUAUCCGAGGCUCCAGUUGUGUUCGUAGAUCCAUAUACACACCACUCUAGCCUUCUGCCAUGGAGGGAGAUUGGUGCAACGGUGAUUCGGAUUCGUGAGACGAGAGUGGGAGGUAUUGACCAUGUACAUUUGGAAGAUAUGCUAAAGCUGCACCAGGGUAAGAGUUGCCGGCUGAUAGGAUGUUUUACUGCAGCCAGCAAUGUGACAGGAAUCAUGGCAGAUGAUGUAGAGCUCACUAUACUUCUCCACAAGUAUGGUGCUCUUGCAUUUUGGGAUUAUGCAACUGCUGCUCCUUAUGUGGAUUUGAAGAUGAAUCCGCUGGUUAGUGGAGAUUGCGGAGGACUUGCCCAUAAAGACGCUGUCUACUUUUCAAUGCACAAGUUCCUCGGUGGAGUACAGACUCCAGGUAUUUUAAUUGCAAAGAAAAGUUUGUUUGAGAAUUCUGUACCUGAAGUAUGUGGAGGUGGAACUGUGUUCUAUGUGUCAAGAGACUCUCACCGAUACUUACAGGACCUGGAGACACGUGAAGAGGGUGGAACUCCAGCCAUUGUCGAGUCUAUCCGUGCUGGACUUGUAAUGCAGCUGAAAAACUCUGUCACGCCAGAGUUCAUAACCACUCGCAACACACACCUUUUAAGGAAACUUUCAGAAUUGUCAGAUAAUGUUGAAGAACUAGAGGUGUUGGGAAAUGUUGAUUUCCCAAACAGACUGCCAAUUCUGUCAUUUGUUGUACGUCAUUUGCAGUCAGGCCUCCUCUUGCAUCACAAUUUUAUUUGUGCUGUCUUGAAUGAUGUGUAUGGAAUUCAAGCCCGAGGAGGUUGUGCAUGUGCAGGACCUUAUGCUCAGGACCUCCUUGGCAUUGAUGAGGACCUUGCUCAACGCUAUGAGAAGUUAUUGGUGGAAGAUUGCAGAUUAGAUAGGUCGCAUCUUCGAAGACAGCAUGAACACAGUGAUGUGGAAGUGCUGAGGCCAGGCUUUGUUCGCCUUAAUAUCCCGUAUACAGCUUCAGAUGAACAGGUUGACUUUAUACUGAGUGCCGUAAGAGAGGUGUGCAUAAAUGGAUGGCGGUUACUUCCCAAGUAUAAUUUCAAUCCACAAACGGGUGAAUGGAAGCACCACACUAAUCUGGUCUUCCGUGAGAGAUUGUGGCUGCAGAACAUCUCCUAUGCUAAAGGCUUCUUCUCCUACCAGAGGAAGAAUAUGUCUGGUGAGGCUCCAAACUAUGAAGAUUGUCUUAUAGAAGCUAGACAAAUAUUUAAUCAUUCAAACAAGGUAUCUUUAAGACGUCAGGUUCCAGAAGAUAUUAUCCUCUUCCGGGAAGAAGCAGCACGUUUGCGUUGGUUCCUGCUUCCAAGUGAAGCAAAAGAGUUCCUUGCACAGCCCACUACUUCAGUUCUACCUGGUGACAAUUGUGGUCCCCUUCCCUUCACGCCGCUGGUCUACCCCCUGAAGGAAUCGGACUUGUGCACGAGGCCAGAUUUUGUUUGGCAGCCAACAGGGCCUUAUAUACUGAAUACAAAAACAACUAAUGUUUCAAUGAAGUUCAAUCCCAAUAUUCAAAAUAGAGCUAAUGAAACUGUUAGAGAAAAUAUGUGCACGCUUCCAGAAAUCACAAAAGAAAAGAUGGAGAUCUCGGAAGAUAAGGGAAGAGACCAAAAUGGACAAAACGGUGAAAAUAUUAACAUAUCCAGUUGCAAUAAACAACAACACCAUAUAUCUUCAGUCAGCAGAGCUGCCAGAGAUGAUCACAAACAUUUCCCAACACAAAAUUAUUCAGAUGCAAGUUCCAGUGAAGAAGACGAAAACACCGCUGUGUCAUGUGAUCAUUCUGGUGCGAAUGUCGGUACUCAAGAACAACGUAUUGAUCACGAUAAACUGAUAGAGAAGGAAAGGGCCCCUGAUGAAAAGGUAUCCAUACUGGAAAACGAGAAGACGUUCAUAUUGGAAAAUGAGAAGACAUCCAUAUUGGAAAACGAGAAGACAUCCAUAUUGGAAAACGAGAAGACAUCCAAAUUGGGUGAUGAAAAGGCAUCCACACUGAAUAAUAAAAAGGCAUCCUUAUUGGAUAAUUUAAAGUCAUCCUCACUGGAUGAUGGAAAGAAAUUCAUAUUCGAUAAAGACAAUAUCCAUAAAAAAAAUGACAGUGUUGUUUCUUCUAAUAAAAGAUCCAAAGUAGUGUGUGAAGAUCUGUCGUGUUUCAUGCAGAGAAAGGACACAAGUCCUUGCACUGUCACUUCAGUACAAAAUAAGUGGCAUUCUCCUCCAAAGAAUAUAUUCAAUCCUGCAGUUGAAGCUCUCCAGGAAUUUGAUAUGAUAAAAGAUGGUGACCGCGUUCUAGUUUGUCUGUCUGGAGGAAAGGAUUCUCUGUCACUGCUUCAUACACUUCGGCAGUAUCAGUUUUACGCUGGUGCGAGAGGAAUCCAUUUCUCUGUGGGUGCCGUAACAGUGGACCCAAUGAGUGCAUCGUAUGACCCAAGACCACUCGUCCCUUACCUGGCUAGUUUAGGAGUUCCUUACUUCUUUGAGCAGCAGGAUAUUUUAAAGCAGGCUGCUGAUUUAGAAAACCUGAAUUCAAUCUGCAGCUUUUGCUCCAGAAUGAAACGUGGCAGGAUAUAUGCCACUGCCCGACGUGAAAGAUACAAUGUUCUUGCAUUUGGCCAACAUCUCGAUGAUCUUGCAGAGAGCUUCAUGAUGUCCGUGUUUCACAAUGGAAGGCUUCGCACAAUGAAGGCACAUUAUAAUGUAAAAGAAGGCGAUCUUCGGGUUAUUCGUCCUUUUGUCUAUGUACGAGAGAAAGAUUUGAGAAGAUUUGCAGAAUCAAAGAAGCUGCCAGUUAUUCCUGAGAACUGCCCUGCAUGUUUUGAGUCACCCAAGGAACGUCAUCGAGUGAAGCAAAUGCUGGCCCAGCAAGAGGUGUUGUUCCCUGGAUUGUACUGGUCUCUACGCACAGCUUUGCAUCCAGUCAUGGCAAUAAAUGCAACAGGAAUGGAAAAUGCAAUAUUUGGGAAAAAGGGCACAUUAGGAAUUCUCUCUAAACUCAAUGGCAGCACUGAAGAUGAUGAAGCGUAGUCCUCUUGAAAUGUUUUAUAUCACCUGAAGAUGGAAAUAAAUGAUAUUUCUGUUA